GUCUACGAGGCAUGCAGUAAAGUGGCUCUGGUAGACGAGACCAGUGCUACUGUAGGCACUUAUCUGCUCAGCUGGCUGCACUCAUGGCUUACUUUUCCUUCGAUUAGCCGAUUUAAAGGUGCCGCCCGAUCUGGAUAUCUACUUAAUUUCGAUGAUGAUUUGACUAUGCCCUUGGAAGAUGGUCGAUCAGAAACCUUCCGCUUACUUGACAGUUCCAGGACUGCCCUUUUUUUGUCUUCCAACUCGGAAUGUGAAGCAAAUACCUGUCCACAUGCUCCUGGUGUCAAGCAGGUCCUUACAACCGGUGACAUAUCCACUGAGGGUAUCGAGCUGGCUAUCCGUCUUAUGGCCUGUCUAACAGGGCAAUCCCGUGUGCUUGCUGAGGAUUGGCUGAAAGAGGCUCGCUGCUACCUUGAGGUGAAAAAGAUAACUGAUGCUCUUUUGGCAUAUGCUGCGGCUGAAAGCUUUUCUUCUUAUCAAGAGCGACUUUAG